AGUGUCCCUCGGGAUCGUACAGUCUGAUUAUAUGAUAGUUCUGCCACCGAAUCGCAUGACGAUUUUUAUAUCUGUGUUUGUACUUUGUAGGCCGUAACCGGCUUGCACUCGGUAGAUUGAUUUUACCAAAAAGGAUGAUCCAGUUUUAUGGCACGCAAAAACCAAAGCGUUACCCAAAUCCGCUUAAUCUGUUAAGUAUUCCCAUACAGUUGUCACCGUGGGAUUCUGUACUGUAUAAAUAGAUGUUCAUCGUCAAACAUAAUUUUCACAAGUUACAUUAUGUCGUCAACUUCCGAUGUUCACAGUGUAAAUAAUGCCCCGUAUUCCGACAGCCGCUGCAUGUUUGAUCUGGUCGCAUUCGUAUUGACUCUGAUUUAAAUGGAAACAAGAAAACGCUUAUACAGCCAUGGUCAACGAUGAGCAUAUACAGUGUGUGCAAUAAUUUGAGUGCCACUUGAUUAUGCCAAUUGAGGAUGAUUCAACACAGACGUCCGGUGUUUGUUAAACCUGGUCGCGGAAAUAGCCAGCACAUAUGUGCAUGCACUAGCUGGAGAUUUGACCGCUAAUCACCCACAAUAUUGGUUUUUAUAUAUGCAUGUAUCUCCGCCAUCACAUUGCUUGACGUGGGCGUUGCAACCGCUGUUGCUUGUUUAGCUUAACGAGCCCGCUCAUCCAGAACCGCUCGGUAUAGUAUGUGCAUUCAUCUGCACUGUAAACUGUAUCAUAAUUCCCGUCUGCACCAGUCCCUUGUGUCGUCUGAAUGAAUGAGACGUUUCCAUUGUAAACCGGCCUGCGCAGUUUUUCUUCCCGUGCCGGAACUAUACCCGCUGCGUCCAAUCGACGCUAACCAGGCCCACAUCGGUAUAUCGUGGUCCAGUUUGGAAUGAUAGCAUUAUCACAGCACCGAGCGGGGCUACAUAUCCAGUUAUGGUGUUAAUCGUAGGUUAGCCAUUUCAGCUCCGUACCCCGCCCCAUUAGCCGCCUGAUUAGCAUUGGUCGUUUGGUUUGAAGAGUAAAACAGGGUCUAUUGUUUCGGCCCCGCGACGCGCCGGCUGAUGUGCGACCAUCAACAGUUUCCAAGUGUCGGCCGUCAGAUGGUACCGGCAAGUGUGUGCUGGCGCGCUUUUUUCUACUCGGAUUUCUAAUGAUUUUCUAAUGGUCAUCAUCCGGUGGAUGCAUCUCAACCGGCAUUUAGCGUAUCACUUUGAAUGUUGACGACGUGACGAUCGCAUUAUUCCCGACGCCUCAAUGGGAAAUUCAUUGAAAUAAUGCAUUCAGAUAAUUUAUUCGAUUUAAUUUUUCAUAUAAUGUGAUGGUUUUGCGGUUGUUUUCACAAGAUACCGCGAUUGAUCCAAUGUUUUUUGUUGCCACAUAAUCUAUUAUGGAGCCUUAUAGUUGUGGACCGGCAUGGAUUGUUAUCUUGUUACAGUGUUUGGCGGUUUCGCUCAUCACGGCCCAAACCGGAAGAAAUGUUAGCUGCAAUAAUUGCGAUUGCUCCAUUUUUCAGUCCAUUUCCACAUGUCCGAUCCCGCGACACACUAAUCGCCGCGAUUGCCCCUGCUGCCAGACAUGUUUACGACAAGCUGGGGAAUUAUGUGAUGAAAUUGCUUUCCCGUGCGAUCAAGAAUUCGGAUUAUACUGCAAUACAAAAACCGAUACCUGCGAUGGGUUAUACGGCUUGCGCGCUUCAAAAGUCAACCAAAAUAGUAUGCUGUUGAUUUGGCACCGGCCUCCGGAAGUCCAGGGACAUCUUUACCUUUUUUAUACACAAACGUAUACAAGUGAUCUACGGUUAUGGAUUAUGCAAGAGACUUUUGCUGGAGCAGACUCAUCCUACAUACAAGGCCUGAAUGCUGCAACAUUCUACUAUGUCGCCCUUGUUCCGGAAUUUCAGGGUGUAUUUUAUUUCGAAAAUCGUUCAGAAAUUCUGGUGAAAAAAACCGAAGGAUGCUUACAUAAAAAUCAGUCGUAUGCCGUGGGCGAAACAUUUGCUGAUGGAUGCGCUUACAACUGCACAUGUACACCGGAAGGCCUGUUGGCCUGUAUCGAACGACGCUGUCCGCUGAUGUACAAGAAGGGGGACAUCCAGGAUCCCCUGUGCAAAGAGCACGACGAUCCGGCAUCUCCCGAUCCCUGCUGUGUUAUUUACACAUGUCAGAAUGGUCAUCCAUCCAGUCCGCAUCCGCCUCCUGAUAGCCAGUGCCUGUACAAGGGCAAACACUAUGCUCUGGCCACGGAAUUCUACGAUGAUGACUGCUCGAUGACGUGCUACUGCGAUGAAAUCGGAGUCGUUGAUUGUCGACCAUUAAAAUGCCCAGAACCGUCAGUACCACUUGGUCACAAUAAUGGAUCAUGUUUGGAGUGGGAUGUGAAGCAGCAUGCUGUGCGUAAUCCACCGCAUUGUUGUCCGAACUAUACGUGCAUUAACGAUGGCCGUUGCGACAUCAACGGUACGAAAUAUCGUCACUCGGAGACCCUCCCCUCAAGUUGUGAUCAACACUGUUUGUGUGACAGCGGCAAAGUGGUCUGCGAAUCUGUUUGUCCGGAAGUCAGUCCCAAUCCGCCCUUUGACUCAGCCUGUAUACGGUUUACCUUGGUCAAAGAUAGUUCCGGAUGCUGUAUGGAAUGGCAAUGUAUCACUCCGCACAGUUCGGAAUCCGCGGAUGAAUGUAUUGUGGGAAAUAUGCGGUAUCCUGUUGGAGCGCACUGGAGUGAAACGGAACACUGUCGCCCGAAGAACUGCACGUGUCAGCGGAAUCUGCAAGGGAUGGCAGAUGCUGCAUGCAGCGGGGGCUGCCCGGAUCUGGAUACUGCGUUGCACUGCGAGAAACCGGCCGUUGUUCAUUCGGACGAUCCUUGUACAUGUCCCGUGGCGCAUUGUCCCGAUAUGAAAAAUGAAUUGCGAAACGCUGAAACAGAAGAUCCUGUAUAUUCUCUGCGGGCCGGUCUCGUUAACUCAUCCGCUGCCGAACUGAUCCUCAAUGUUAGCAGCGUCCUGUUAUCCCACACCGGUGCAGCGUUAGAAACCCAUAUCGCGCGAGUGGACCACGGUGGUCAGCCGCGGAAUGUCUCGGAUAUGUGGCAAAUUUCCUCCACCAAACUGGAUCAAUUACAGCCCACAGUUAUCGAAUAUAUUACCGGUUUCCAAAGUAAUUCAACGUACAAAAUCAAGGCGCGACUUAUCCUUACCGAUUCUGCAUCCAACACCGAUGUCAUUCUCCCAUUCACGUCGACUAUAUUCUUGAACAUACCAGCAAGAGGGCUGACUUGUGUGGUGGAGAAUGUGGCAUACGAUGAAGGCGCUAGCAUACCACAAGGGUGUGGUCAGGAAUGCGUGUGCCACAAUGGGAGCGCAGUGUGCCACGCAGUGCAGUGUACGUCGCAGGAAUCGGUGAUUUUGGCGUCGGAAUUUUGCCCGGUCCCGGUGCUAGUCAAGGGACCUCGGGAUUGCUGCCCGCGUUGGGAAUGUCAUCCUUCCGCGACGGGGUGUAAAGUUGGCGAUAUAAUUUAUUCGCACGGCGAUCACUGGAAAAAUGGCUGCGCUGAAGAGUGCCACUGUCGACGAGGCAUUAUUACAUGUCGCGAUCUCUGUUUGGAACACAAACGAUCCCAGCCUCAUCCUUCUUGCCAGUUUGUUAAUAUUAGCGGUAGCUGUUGUCCAGUAUGGAAUUGUCAUGAAGGCGCGGCGGUACCGGUGCUUGAUUACGCGCAUGGACUUGACAACUCGAUGAUGAAUCUUACUGCUGAUUCCGUUACAAACUCCCAGGCUCGCUUGACGUGGCAGAAGCCGGCAGAAUUACGAAAUAUUUUUGGUUUUACGGUGAUUGUGGAGGAAGCCGUCAUGGAUCGGGAAUCGUACCGCGAAGCCAAGCUUGUUCAUCCGGAAAUCCAGGAAUACAUUAUCCAUGAUUUAGCGCCCAAUACACGCUACACAGCGACAAUCAAAGCCAUGGAAGACAGCGAUCGCGUCGUUGCCAGUCAAAGUAUUCAGUUCCAAACACUGGAUGCUUCCGAUGUCAUGCUGAUGCUGUGGUUAGCUUAUAUUGGUCCGGACAAAGCGGAAGCCAUCUGGGAAUGUCAGCACUGUGAUGAAUUCAAACAUCUUAAAUUGAGCCUGAUUAGUGGCUCUAAUUCGGAAGUGGCUGUGGGUGAUGUAACACCCGGUCUCCCCAAGAUUACACUGACUUCACUCCAUCCCAAAGAAAAUUACCAGCUCCUGUUAGAAGGCGUGACGGUUGCUGGACUCAGCGUUAAGUCGAACGUGAUCGCCUUUUCUACGCGAUCAGUGGCGGAUUUUAACGAAAUUCCACGAGAAUUCCAAAAUGUGACGGAUGCCUCAUCGCCGAUUAUGUUUGCUCUUGAUACUCAACAGCAAAAACUUUCUACAGCAUUAAUUAUUGUAUCUGUGUUAUGUACGCUAUUUUUUGUAGCCUUCUUCAUAGCUGCCGGUUUAUGUUGUUAUUACAGGAGAGCGUUAAUUUUACAGAAAGCGAAUGCUUACCAAACUUAUUCAACAGAUACUAUGUACAGGUGACGAAAACUUUAACCUUUGGGAUGAUAUUUGUGCACUACCGAUGUUUUGUUGUUCAUUAAACUACGAUUAGUUUUC